CCCUCUCCCAUUCUCUCUCUCUUUUUGUCACUCAGGCGUGUGUGCGGGUUUGGUGAGAAGCUCGUGUUUGUUCUCUCUCUCGGUUCUUGCUGAUUGUUCUGCAGUUAUGGAGGAUUAUCAUAAACCGGACCAGGCCACAGUGCAGGCGCUCCGAAACAUCGCCCACCGCCUCCGCAUCAACUCCAUCAGGGCCACCACCGCCGCCGGCAGCGGGCACCCCACGUCAUGCUGCAGCGUGGCCGAGAUCAUGUCUGUUCUUUUCUUCCAUACCAUGAAGUACAGGCCAGAUGACCCCAAAAACCCCAACAAUGACCGCUUCGUCCUGUCCAAGGGUCAUGCUGCCCCAGCUCUGUACUCAAUAUGGGCGGAGACUGGCUUUCUAAAGGAGAGUGACCUGGUCAACAUGUGUCAGGUGGACUCAGCUCUGGAGGGCCACCCCACACCUAAGCAGCAGUUUGUGGAUGUGGCCACCGGUUCUCUGGGUCAGGGUCUGGGAGUGGCCUGUGGAAUGGCCUACACUGGAAAAUACUUUGACAAGGCCAGUUACCGUGUGUUCUGUCUGCUGGGUGAUGGGGAGAUGUCGGAGGGCGCUGUUUGGGAGGCCAUGGCCUUCGCCUCUUACUAUCAGCUGGACAACCUUGUGGCCAUCCUGGACAUCAACCGGCUGGGUCAGAGCGAGCCGGCACCUCUGCAGCACCACGUGGAGAAGUACCAGAGGCGCUGUGAGGCUUUCGGAUGGCACGCUAUAAUCGUAGAUGGUCACAGCAUUGAGGAGCUGUGUAAGGCUCUGACUCAGCCUCGUCACCAGCCCACCGCCAUCAUCGCUAAGACCAUCAAGGGCAAAGGCAUCCCCGUGGCGGAGGAUAAGAUGGGAUGGCAUGCGAAGGUUCUGCCGAAGGACAUGGCAGAGAGCGUGAUCAGAGACCUGCAGAGCCGCAUCCUCAACAGCAAUAAACGCCUGUACCCAGCCACGCCCACUGAGGAUGCCCCGCCCGUCAGCCUGCGCAACGCCCGCAUGCCCAGCGCACCCAGCUACAAACUCGGAGAGAAGGUUGCGACUCGUAAGGCGUACGGGAUGGCUCUGGCCAAGCUGGGCCGCUAUAACGAGCGCGUGGUGGCCAUGGAUGUGGACACUAAAAACUUCACCUACUCAGAGAUCUUUAAGAAUGAACACCCAAACCGCUUCGUGGAGUGCUACAGCGCAGAGCAGAACAUGGUGAGUGUGGCCACAGGCUGUGCUGCUCGUGAGCGGAACAUUGUGUUUGCCAGUGGGCUCGCCACCUUCUUCACCCGUGCAUACGACCAGCUACGCAUGGCCGCCAUCUCCGAGAGCAACAUCAACCUGUGCGGCUCACACUGCGGCCUGUCAAUCGGCGAGGAUGGACCUGCCCACAUGGGUCUGGAGGAUUUGGCUAUUUUCAGGGCUCUGCCCACUUCUACUAUUUUCUACCCCAGUGAUGGUGUGUCCACUGAGAAAGCUGUGGAGCUGGCUGCUAACACCAAGGGAGUGUGUUACAUCCGGACCAGCCGUCCUGAGAGCAACAUCAUCUACAACAGCAACGAGGACUUCCACGUUGGUCAGGCCAAGGUGGUGUGUCAGAGUAAGGAUGACCAGGUGACGGUGGUCGGAGCUGGAGUGGCCCUGCAUGAGGCUCUCGCUGCAGCUGAACAGCUAAAGAAAGAGAGGAUCUACAUCCGGGUGAUUGAUCCCUUCACCAUCAAACCUCUGGAUGCUAAAACCAUCAUGGACCACGCUCGCAGCACCAGGGGCCGCAUACUCACUGUAGAGGACCACUAUUACGAAGGUGGUCUUGGCGAGGCUGUUUGCUCUGCUGUAGUGAACGAGUCCGGCUUCCUCCUGCAGCGUCUCGCUGUCCCCCACGUGCCCCGCAGCGGCAAAAUGUCUGAGCUGCUCAAGAUCUACGGCAUCGACCGGGAAUCCAUCGUCCAGGCCAUCAGGAAGAUGAUCAGCAGCUCGGCUAAUGCCAAGUAGACCUGCCCACCAUGAUUAGCCCCGCCCACUACACAUAAAACCAGCCAGUCAAAAGCCGAGUCCACAGACAGUUGUUGUGUCCAAAAAGGUCCCUAAUCACUAUUCCCUACAUUUACAGAGCCCAAAAUAAUGCACUAUGUAGUGAAUCGUGUUCAUUUAGUGUCAGCCCAAAGUAGAGCACUAUUUCACUGCUUCGACUAGAACGCUUUCCUAACAUAGUGCACUAUAUAAUAAAGGGCGAAAUUUGAGACAUAGCCCAAAACAGUGCACUAUAUAGUGGAUCUUGUUCACUUUAGGGCACAGUUUUGGACACAGCCUAAAGUAGUGCACUAUAUCACUGCAGGGUGCUUUCCUCAGUUAGUGUACUAUAUAAUAAAUAGGGUGAAAUUGGAGACAUAGCCCAAAAUAGUGCACUAUACAGUGAAAAGAGCACAACUUUAAGCAUAGCCCAAAAUACACUUUCAUUUUGAACACAGCCCAGAAUAGUGCCCUAUAUAGUGCAUAAGACAUAUAAUGGCAUCCUAUAUAUUGAAUGGGCCAUAGUUAUGGAAGUUAUGGACAUAGCACAAAGAAGUGCACUAUAUAGUGAAUACUGCAUUGUUUUGGCCAAAGCCUAAAGAAGUGCACUAUAUAGUGAAUAUGGCAUAGUUUCAAUCAUUGCCCAGAAUAGUGCACUUUAUAGUGAACAGGGCACUUCUUCAGACAAAGCCCAAUAUACUGUACUAUUUAGCGAAUAGGGCAUGUGCCUCAUUUACCAAACGUUCCUGAGAAGAAUUUUCUUCUUAAAAUCCACUCACGCAGUCGUCACGAAGAUUCAAACGUUCACUAAUGUUUUCGUAUUUGUGGGCCUGUGGAUUAAUGAUGUCAUGAAUCUGAUGUAGACUUAUACUUUCUCACGAACAGAUGAAGAACUUGGGAAUGAGGCCCAGUGUCAAUAAAAUGAUCCACAGUUCUGCACUAUAUAGUGAAUGAGCUUAUUUUGGAACAUGGCCCAAACUAGUGCGAUGAAUAGUGCAUUAGGGCCUUGUUUAGAACACAGCCAGUGGACUUGACUCCUCCUUGAAUUUGAAGUUGUAGCCCCUUCCACUCGUUCACUGUGACCGCCCACUGUGUGAGUACUGUAGUAAAGUGAAGUAUAUGAUGUAUGUUGAAAAUCACUGCCACACCCCCCCACACACAUACAAACACACACAUACACGCACACACACACACACACGCACACGCACACACACACACACACACUCCUGAUUCUGCUCCAGGGCUGAAAAUCGCUACUAGGUUGUGGUCAGGGUUAAAAGGUCAAAGGGCAUCAUUUGAGCUGCAGACUACUGCUACCAUGCUGCACAUUACACACACACACACACACACACACACACACACACACACACACACACACACACUUGAAUGCACUACUAAUGCUACUCAGUAUGGUGGUGUGGAUGCAGCCCUAGUUUAAGGGGUACCUGACCACUUCCUAUUUCCCUUAUUAUACCAAAACUAUGACUGCAAAACACUAGAGGGCGCCUGUGAGCGAAUCCUCAAUGGAUGGGGAUGAAUGGAGCUAAAUGGCUAAAAAUGAAAAAUGAUACAUGUUCCUGGUCUUUUAUGUGGGAACGUUCUUUAAUAUUUGGAAAGUAUUGCAUUUAAAAAAAUCGAUGAAAACUUACAGCAUCUUCUUGUUUUUAUACAGAAAAUAGCUCAUUGGUCAGCGAUGUAGCUACUGAGUGCUGAUUUGUCUGGAUUGUAGCUACUGAGAGCUGAUUGGUUAGCAUUACAGCUACUGACCUCUGAUUGGUUAGCAUUACUGCUCCUUAGUGCUGAUUGGUUGGCAAUCCGAUCAGCUCAUUGGCUGAGUAAAGCAAUUUGUGAUGUCACCAGCAUAUAUAAGGCACUGUUAUAAAGUGCAUUUUUUUUAUAAAAUAGUUAUUAAGCAUUUACAAACCUCCAUAGGAACCCAUACAUUUUAGACUUGCUCAGGAGCGCCCUCUAGUGUCUGACAAACCCGGAACGCAUUACUGAGUGGCAAUUCUCCUCACUAGAAGUUCUCUGGUACUGUGUGAUGUUUUGUGAGUUUUUAACCAAAGUCAUUUUGCUGUAUGUUGUUGCUCUGGAAAAGGGGCGGGGCUUGUCUCUACAGUCAAAGGUUGGUAGCCUGUGCUGUAGCCUGUGUGUUGUUAUGGCGACUGUAUCUGAAAGAGUCUUGUUGUUGUGAUGCUGACGUAGAGUUUAGAUUCAAAAGAAAUAAAAGCACAAAAAAAGCAAACAGAAAUGCAUGCAGGAGAACCGUUCCAUGACUUUACCGGAGCUACAGGACUUUACCGCGUUUACGUUAACAGACAAAAAAAAAUAACAUUUUAAAAUUUUUUCAGAAAUGAGAGUUUUUGAUUGAAAGAAAGUCGUCUUGAAUUUAUUUGAAUCAAAUGAUUCCACAUAAAUGAAACAUAUUUCUGUCUUUCGGUUACUCACUUUCGGAAAGAGCUUUGUUGACUACACACGCUUAAAAAAGAUGGUUCUUCCAGGGUUCUUUAGUAAAGAAAAUAGUUCUAUAUAGAACCAUGAACAUGCAAAGAACCCUUUUUAUGACUUAAGGGUUCUUUGCAUCACGGAAGCGUUUGAGAAAUUGGUGAUUGGUGGAGAAAGUGUUGUAUAUGGUUCUAUGUAGAGCCUUUUUGAAAAGGGUUCUAUUUAGUGCCCAAAAGGGUUCAUCUACUGUGACAAUGUCAAGCUUGUAACAUUAGAACGACCCUUUUGGGUGCUAAAUAGAACCUUUUUCAAAAAGGCUCUACAAAGAAAGGUCUAUAGGACAUUUGCGCACAUUCUCUAUCAGUCUGAAGAACCCUUUCAUGAUCCAAAGAACCCCUAAAUCACGCAAAAGGUGCUAUGGAUGUUCAUGGUUCUAUGUAGAACCUUUUUGAAAAUGGUUCUAGAUAUAAACAUCUAUAGGACAUUCAUGCACAUUCUCUAUCAGUCUGAAGAACCGAUUCAUGAUGCACCCUUUAAUCAGGCAGAAGGUUCUUUAAAUGUUUGCGGUUCUAUGUAGAAGCAUUUUCUUUACUAAAGAACCAUUAAAGCACCAUCAUUUCUGAGAGUGUAGAUGAACAUAUCAGGAUCGAGGAAGUGAGACGGGUAUAAAGUCUAUCUGAGGUGCUGAUCAGUGUCCAGGUUCAGUAUUAGAAGCUGUGAUUUUGAUUGGUGCAGCUGAUCAAAUGAUGCAGGACAAUCAUCCAAAUUUGGAGCAGCUCAGGACGUCCCAGUACAGACCUUCAGAGCUGGACUGGACUUUUAGUAGAACUCCACAGAUUUUUCAAAAGCACAUUGUUAAAAGGGUUGAAGGCAUGUCUGUAAACCUCCACACACACACACACACACACACACACACACAUAUACACACACACACACACACACAAACCCUUUCUUACUUUUCUAUGUACCUUUAAUCUGCUCAUUAAAGCCCUCUGCAUUGAGUUUGAGA